AUGACGAAGAAUCCGGUGAACCACGGCCGCGCCAAGAAUUUCUACAUCAAUAAGCGCCACAUAUGUGAUCAGGUAAAGUGCGAUGAAGUGAAUCUCAAGUAUUGCGACAGUUCUGUGAUGUUGGUGGACAUCACGACCAAGGGACUUUCAGGACCGCGUCACAAGAACUUGACGACAGCUCUCGGCAUCCAUGCGAGAUUGAUUUGA